GAACGGCGAACGAGCGCCCGCUGUGUUUUUCGGAAACUGAUCAUGAGGGCGGCGAGAGCGCUGUUGGCAAGAAGCUGGUUGCACUCACCACGCGGCGAGUCAUCAUCUUGGUGCUGGUGAUGCUUAUGGUGAUGCCCGUUUUCAUCGUGAGUAACUCGCAUACAGACCUGACAUCCGCUGCGUUCGGAGCCAGCGUCGUGUUUGACAACUACAGGCAUAUGAUGGAUGGCAUUGCGAACCGCUCACUUUAUGAAGAGUCCAUGCUGAAGUAUUUCUACUACCACAACUGGUUUUCGGGACAUGGAGGAUGUGAUGGAGACACGUUCUGCCCAGCAGUCUUCCUGAGCCAUGCCUUCUGGGUUGGUUUUGCUGGACGCAGCAAAACCUAUGAUGAGCUUCGAAACUACACUGCCGAGGCAAGGCUGCAGAAGGACGUGGUUGUUGCUUGGGAUGCAGCAGUUGCUCAGCAAGAUGCUGACUAUGCCUACGUGAUGGGCAGCUUUCCGUUGGAGGCGCAGGACAAGCUCAGCUCUGAGUGGGAUAUUGAAUGUCAGUUUGGUGGCUGGAGUCACCUUGGCCAGUCCUUGCUCUCCACGCUACUCCAGGAUGCGGUGUCCUACGCUGUCAGGUGUCCAGAUGACCUGCGUCCACAGGAGCGUUUCAGAAUCAGGCCGUCGCUGCUGACAGAGCAGGAGUUUGAUGAUUGGCAUCUAGCUUUCUUCUUCGAUGCCCGGCCAUUUGUCAGGGUCGAGUCGCAGAACAACAUGAUGCUGACUGGCUUCAUAUGCCUUGUCCUCUGCGUGGCGUCCCUCCAGUUCUCCAAGGAUGCAAAUGCUUUGGUCCUGCGCCCUGUGGAGCGCAUGAUUGAGAAGGUCAACCUCAUAAGAGACAAUCCCCUGGCCGCCAUGAAGAUGGCUGAUGAUGAGUUCAAGGGCGAAGAGAUCAAAAAGUUCAAGGCAAAUACAAACAGGGAAAAGCGAAGCAUCUGGUUGGAGAAGUACCAUCUAUCUUUUUUGUCUCGAAUGCUGAACUGGUUCUCGACCUCAGGCAGUAGCUCUGCAGACAACGCGAUGAUGGAGACAGCAGUGCUUGAGAAGACCAUCAUCAAGCUGGGCUCGCUGCUCGCCCUCGGAUUUGGGGAGGCAGGCGCAAGCAUCGUCGCGGACAACAUGCAGGGUCUGGACUCUGCCGGUGUCAAUGCCAUGGUUCCAGGCAGCAGGGUGGACUGCAUCAUUGGUUCGGCCUGCAUUCGAGACUUCAGUACCGCCACGGAAGUCCUGCAGGGCAAGGUCAUGACUUUUGUCAAUCAGAUUGCAGAGAUUGUCCACGGCCUCGUUUGCGAGUUCCAUGGGGCUCCCAACAAAAACACGGGUGAUCGGUUCCUGCUAAUAUGGCGACUCGGAGGCCUAAGCUAUGAGCAGCAAACCCGGCUGGCGGACAUGGCUGUGGUGUCCUGCGUCAGGAUUUUGGGCUGUACACACAGCAACAAGACCCUCGCCGAGUAUCGUGGUCACCCUGGCCUAAUACAAAGGCUCGGAGCUCACUGCAGAGUUAACUUGAGCUUUGGUCUUCACCGUGGGUGGGCCAUCGAGGGUGCCGUAGGCAGCGAGUUCAAGAUAGAUGCGUCUUACCUGUCUCCCAAUGUGAGUAUUGCGGAGACUCUGGAAUUUGCCACCAAGGUAUAUCAAGUCAGCAUCCUGGCCUCGCAGGACUGCGUCUCCUUGUGUUCCAAGGCGCUUGCACGGCAAUGCAGACUCAUAGACAAGGUGAACAUGAAGGGCUCCAAGGUCCCUUUGAGCCUGUAUGUGUAUGAUGUAGAAACUGGCCGCGUUCCAGUUCACGACUACAGUUCAACACUGGAAUGGAGCGUGCGGCAGCGCUUCAAAGCACGCCAGCUCUUCGAGGUUGAGAAGACAAAGAAGUGGACGAGCGAGGUCAACAUUGUGGAUGACUUCAUCAACGACAGUGUGGAUGUCAGAGCCAUGAGAAAGCUCUACACGACCGAAUUCCUCCAGCUCUUCAACAUGGGGUACCAGAACUACUCGGAGGGUGAAUGGCGUGUGGCUAGACGACUAUUGAAGGCCACUCAGGACAUGCUUGGCUUUCAGGAUGGUCCAAGCACCGCGCUACUGGCCUUCAUGGAGACACCCUACCAGUUUGAGGCUCCGCCAAAAUGGAUGGGUGUGCGGGAUGUCCCUCUGUGA